AUGAAAGAAGGCUUACAAACAGUGGACGCAAAUUUUCCAAAGACUUUAGAAGGAAGGGUUUAUCAUGUUGGAGUCAAGAGAGGAGAAGUUGCCAAUAGAAUUAUAACAGUUGGCGACCAUAGCAGAGCAAGAGCUUUAGCUAAAUUUCUUGAUCAGACUCCGAAUCCUCACAUUGUGCGGUCAGAAAGAAAAUUUCUAACCAUUACUGGAAGAUACAAAGGGGUGCCUGUGAGCAUAAUAGCAAUUGGAAUGGGUUUUGCGAUGGUAGACUUUUUUGUUAGAGAGGUUCGAGCAGUGGUAGAUGGCGAAUUGGCAAUUAUCAGGAUGGGUUCAUGCGGAACAAUAGGAUCACCAGAAACUGGAUCGAUGGUAGUUCCCGACGGAGCAUUCGUAGUUACUAAAAACUAUACUUCUGCUGAGGAAGAUGAAGAUGAUUCGGUGAGUUCUCGAUACAGCUUAUCAAAAGUGUAUCAUGCCGAUGAUCAGAUGCAUAACCUGCUCAAAUCAGAACUCUGUAAACGAUUUCCCAAAUCCGAAGUCUACGUCGGUCUAGACGCUACAUGUGAUAGCUUCUAUUCUUCACAGGGACGGAUGGACGUCAACUUUGCUGAUUACAACUCAUCCAUAAUCUCUUACAUUACAACUGUCUACCCGCGUACACAGAUAAUGGAAAUGGAGACGGCUAUCCUGUAUCGACUGGCAAGAGCUAGUAAUAACUACCCACUUAAAGAUAAGAGCAAGAAACACAGUAUUAAAGCCGCUGCUGCUUUGAUGGUAUACGCCAAUAGGAAGAACAACGACUUUGUUUCUCCCGACAGGGUGAACUUUUUGGAAAAAAAGGCUGGGGAGGCUGUAUUUGAAGCCAUCGUUAAGGUUAACUUGGACGAACUGCAUAAUGAGGAAGGGAGUGUUUGGAGCAUAACGGAUGACACAAAAAACUCGACAACAUACUACAAAGCACACGUUACACUACAGAUGGAGAUUAUUGGAUUAUUUGUAUUUUACGGGUGGGGAUUUGCGACGUCCA